AUGGCCAAAAAGAAGGGCAGUGGUUUAGCAGCAAUUCUCUCAGGACAACCUGUUGUUGUGAAGAAACGGAAAUCAUUUAAAGAACGAUUUAAGGAGAAACUAAUUUCCAUCGGACCUCAUCUCGGUCUUGUGGUCGCCAACGUUGUCUAUGUAAUUGCAGGGGCUUAUGUUUUUGUGGCACUGGAAGGACCUCAUGAGGAAACGACACGAAAAGAAACCGAACGUUUCGUACUAAACGAACAAACAAAAUUGAUUGAUGGAGCUGUAGAAGCCAGGAUAAAAUAUAUUGACGAUGAUGAGAGUUACAAUGUCACUCUAAAUAUGCUCUUCGAUAGUUACACGGAGGCGAUUCUCUUACUCUUUUUUGAUCCGGUGAAGGCAAAUUAUUUCGAUUCAAGAGUCUAUUACAAUAAUACAUAUCAACGAUUGUGGACAGAAUCGGCUGCUUUACUGUUUACAUCAACAACCGUCAUUCCAGUUGGCUUUGGCUUAGUGACUCCAAUGACUGGAUCGGGUCGAGCAUUCCUUUGUACUUAUGCCGCUUUGGGUCUUCCAUUAGCUUUGAUCACUUUGUCAGAUAUCGGGAAAUUUCUCAGCAAUCUCGGCUAUGAUCUUGUGAAGAAGGAGUCGACCUAUUCGUUGACUCUCUUGAUCCUUUUGCCCGUUUAUCCGAUUAUGUGGGGAAUUAUGAUCAGUUUAUUCACAAACAACUCAAUGAUCGACUCGAUCUAUUAUUGCAGUAUCACAAUUUUUACAAUCGGCUACGGUGAUAUGGGUCCACCCGUUCCAAUUCCAAUUCUUCUUUGCUUCAUUAUAUUUGGCGUUACUUUGGUCACCCUAACAAUUGAUGUUGUUGCAGCAAAUGCAAUUGAUCGAGUCCAUUAUGUUGGAAGACAGAUGGGAAAAGCUCGAGUGAUUGCUGAUAAAAUGAUUGCUAUGGCUCAAAAGAUUAAUAUCAAUCGAGGAUUGGAGCUUGGUUUCGCUCAGCUGAACACUUUUGCCAAACUGGGCAUUCUGAUGAAAUUUGAUGGAAACGGAGUAACAAUGCCUCAAAUGGUGAUGGGAGAACCGCUCACUCCAAACACAAUCAGAAAAGGGAGAACUGCUUUUGAUCCACCAGGAUUUAUGCCUUUCGCUGAUGAAAAAGCUUAUCGGCACUUGGACUCGUCAGCGGCGAGUUCUCCUCGUUUCAAUCAUCGAGAUCACGAUUUUCCAUUUAUCGACACAAAAAGU